CCAUGUAGUCUUGUUUUUGCGAGCGCAAGCAAUUCGAUCAGAUUCGAUGCAAUCACACGCCUCCCAAGCGUUGUGUGUGGAACAGGAUAUUUUGCUACCUUGAACGGCAGGUAAACAGAUGAAAAUAGUGGGGGAAGAGAGCAACGUCUACUGAAGAAAUAACCAAGACACAUUCCCUCGGCAGUCUGCAAGGCCAUGCCUCAUAGAAGUCUCUGCAUAUAGGAAGAACUCUGUUGUGACUGGUGUGUCAAUCAGGGGACUCCUGCUUUACUUUUAAAGUCACUUUAACAAAUUUAAGGGAUUUCUUACAACCCAUUUCACUGGGGGACUGUUGAACAAUAACCACAAUGUACCAAGUGGUACCAGGAGGUGCAGGGGGCACAGUUACCAAUGCUACACCUAUCAAACAGAAACUAAAAAGGGAUGCUCGUCCCCUAGUUGUAGCAAGUGUCUUAGGCUUGGUGCUGGUGAUUGCUGCGGUGACCGCAUGGUGCUAUUACAUUGGUUCUCUGCGCAAGGCUGAACUGCUUAAGACAGAACUUCUGGACCUCAACAAGGAUGGCUACAUCAUUCGCAACCAGGCAGGGGCUAUUGUCUUCAGGAUGUCUUUCAGGUCUGGCACCCUGGAUUUAGACUCAUGUUCUAAGGAGGGGGAGAUACUGAGCUGUGGGCGCACCAGUGAUAGGAAACUCAAGUUUUUCAUCCAGACUGUAUUUGACAAUACAGUCCAAUGCUACCGUGUGCGUUGGGAAGAAUUGGUUCCCAGUCUGCCCGUGGAGCACGCCAUGACCUAUAACGUCUCGCACUGGUAUGGUGGAGCCGAGACUGCCAUACAGCAUUGGCCUAUAUCCAUCUCCGGGCAGCAGGCACCCAAACCCUUUGUCACCAGUGAUAUCUACUCAAACCGAAACGGCUUUGGGGGCAUCUUGGAACGCUACUGGCUCUCAUCCAAUGCCACGGCCAUUAAGAUCAAUGACUCUGUGCCGUUUCAUCUUGGCUGGAACGACACAGAGAAGACCAUGUACUUCCAGGCGAGGUACCAUGACACCCCUUACAAGCCAAACCCUGGUGAGGCACCUUGUGCUGAACUCAGCUACAGAGUCUGUGUGGGCUUGGAUGUCACAUCCAUUCACAAGUACAUGGUGCGCAGAUACUUCAACAAGCCCAACAAGGUGCCUUCCAAAGCCAUGUUCCGCCAUCCCAUCUGGUCCACGUGGGCGCUACACAAGACUGACAUAGACCAAGAGAAACUGUUGAAGUUUGCUGCCAACAUCCGCAAGCAUGGCUUCAACUGUAGUCACCUGGAGCUAGACGAUCGCUACACAAACCACUAUGGGGAAUUUGAUUUUGACUUGGCCAAGUUUCCCAACGCUACAGCCAUGUUCCAGAAGCUCAAAACAGAUGGAUUUCUGGUCUCUCUCUGGACACACCCUUUUGUCAACUAUGACUCUGAGAAUUUUCACACCUGUGUAGAAAGAGGGCUUUUUGUCCGAGAACCUACAGGUCGUCUUCCGGCUUUGGUAAGCUGGUGGAACGGCAUCGGGGGCAUUCUAGACUUUACCAACCCAGAGGCCCGUGAUUGGUUCGCCUCCCACCUGCGGUCUUUACGAUCCAAGUACGGAGUGUCCUCCUUCAAGCUGGACGCGGGCGAGACAAACUACUUGCCCUGGCAAUUCAGCACAAAAACACCCCUUCGCGACCCUAGCACUUUCACCCGUCGCUACACCGAGAUGGCUAUUCCUUACAAUGAGCGAGCCGAGCUGCGUUCAGGCUACCAGUCCCAGAACAUCUCCUGCUUCUUCAGGCCCAUUGACCGGGACUCUGUUUGGGGCUAUGAGCUAGGCCUCAAGUCCCUUAUUCCCACCGUGCUUACCAUCAGCAUUCUUGGCUACCAGUUCAUCCUACCGGACAUGAUCGGUGGCAACGCCUAUCUGAACCGCACUGAUGGUGAGCGCACUUUACCGGACCGUGAGCUCUACAUCCGCUGGCUGGAGCUGUCAGCUUUUAUGCCCUCCAUGCAGUUCUCCAUCCCCCCCUGGGAGUAUGAUAACGAGGUGGUGGAGAUCGCCCGGAAGUACACUGCUAUCCAUGAGAGCAUAGUGGCCCCACGGGUUCUGGAACUUGCUGGGGAGGUGCUGGACACAGGAGACCCCAUCAUACGACCUCUGUGGUGGAUCGCCACUGGCGACGAGACUGCUUAUAAGAUUGACUCCCAGUUCCUGAUAGGGGAUGACCUCAUGGUGGCGCCAGUACUGGAGCCUGGAAAGCAGGAAAGGGACAUUUAUCUCCCGGCAGGACACUGGCGGAGCUACAAGGGAGAACGGUUUGAUAUUAAGGAGCCUCUGCACCUUACAGACUACCCGGUAGAUCUUGAUGAAAUUGCUUACUUUGUCUGGGUUUAGUGAAGAGGGGUACAAGGCUGGACAGCUUAGUGGGUGGGCCUGCAUGCAUUUGUUUAUAGUAUUUUCUCUGAAGUCAGGGCUCACAGCACAUUUGUGUUGUACAUUUAGAAUCACUAUUAUUGAAGAAAUAUCAAGGCGAAACCUUUCCUGCUUGCUCAAACAUGUGCCCUUGCAAUAACCCAGGAAUGUGGCAGAGGAGGCAGGUGGGAGGAGCUAUAGGAGGACAGGGUCAUUGUAAUUGCUGGAAUGGAAUUAAUGGAACGGAGUCAAGCCUGGUUUCCAUAUCUGUGUUUACCGUUCCAUUUAUGCCAUUCCACCCAUUACAUUGAGCCCAUCCUCCUAUAGACCCUCCCACCAGCAUCCUCUGGAAAGUAGAUAUGUUUAUGCGUUACAAUUAUGUAUCAUGAGAGACAUGACCCAAACAUUUAUUCAGCAUGACAUAACAGUCGACUAUUAACAGAAUAGUAAUCGGCUGUCUUUUAGACAUUUUUAAGGGCUGAUAUUUGAAUGCUUUCAUGUCUUAUUUAUGAGUCAACACACUAAGAAGGGAAGAAGUAUAUUUUGAUGUGAAAAUGCCUUGUAUACUUACAUAUAUUUUAAUGAUUUUUUGUUUUUGCUGAUAUUUUUGUUAUUGUGUCAAUGCACUUAACAAUACAGUGUGUAAUUGUUUAGUCAGUGGUUGUUCUGUUAAGGUUCUCGCCACUCUGAAAUGAAAAGAAGCUGCACUUGAGAUUCUUCACCUGAAGAUUUCUCCGGAAGUUGGGUGUCAUAUUUUCCCUGUUGUGUUAACCUUGUCUACUUCCCAAAUGGCACCCUAUUCCCUAUGUAGAAGGCAAAAUAGUGCACUAAAUAGGGAAUAGGGUGCCAUCUGGGACUAGAACUGUGGCGGUCAUAACAUUUUGUCAACCGGUUAUUGUCAUGCCAAAGACUGCUGGUCUCACGGUAACUGACCAUUAAUUAACAGAAACACGUUUAGCAUCUCCAAGCCUCCACUCAUACAAGCCGCUCAGACAUACGGGGACCCACUUCUUGACAUGGAAGUAGGUGAUUAUACAUGUCUUUUUGAGUGCUUAAAGCUUAAUUACUCUUCUUAGUCUUGUAAUGUUUUAAGUGACAAACUAUCCAUUUAAUUUGGUGUCACUUUUUAAUAUUAUACCCUCAACCUUUGGCUAAAUAGUCUUUACUUUUCAGGCUUCAUUGAGAGGACUUGAAAUGGGUGCUAUUCAAUUUUUGUUUAAGCAGGCAAUAAUGAAAUAAUCCAAUAUGUAAGAUGCUAUGAGAUCUGAGUGAACUGAACUUUGAACUGGAACCACUGUGUGACAUAUGUCAAAUAUCCAUCCAGACUGUCCUAAAUGCCGUUUAACAAAUAAUAUACUGCCACAUUUUCAGCAUGAAUUAUACUUCUGACAGAUAUUUGAAUGUCACUACUCUUUGUAAUUGUUAUAUUGCUAAAUGUUUUUACUGUUUUGUUAGCCAGUCCUUGGAGACCUUAAAGAUUGAACCUGUGUACAUUCACCAUGUCGCGGUAAUGUGAACUCUUAGGUCACCUAGGGGUCAUUGUUUUUACUGGCAGAAGCUUCUCCAUAACAUCCCUGCUUAUUUAUAGCAGUUCUCAUAUCGACCUUUAGUCUCGACCGUCAUCGUCUAUGUCUAGCACUAUUACCUUACAAGAAUAGAUCUAUGCUCUCCUGAAAGACUCGCUGGAACUAGCCUAAGUGUUUUCCACUUUUGGUACAUACAAAACAAGAACAUCAAGAUGCUGACAGACUUCUCUUUGAAUUUCAGAGCACUCUUUACCCAUGACAGCAGAUUUUGUAUGCAAGCCAAAAACAUGAGUGAAAUAGCAACAGUUUGCCGGGACUGUCAUUGCAGAUGAAACCGCUUUGAUUAAUUUUUAUAUUUAGUACCUUUUUAUUAUAUAUUUUUCUAGUGAACAGCAUAAUAUAGUAAUUUGGGCCAAAAGCACAAUAUGCGAAGGCUUGUCAAUAGACGUUCAGCAUUAUGUGACCUGGAACAGAUUAGAUUGACAAAUUACAUUGUUUGAAUGUGGGAGAGUUGUUGUGAGGGUCUCCCACCACCAUAAAGUCAAGCAGUCUGAUUUGCAGUUGUAUUUGCUUGCAUCACAUUGUUCUCCAUGAGAUUGUGUGACCAGUGAAGGCUAUGGUAAAGCUAGUUUUAUAACAAUGUGAGGUUCAAAAGAGUAAAGUAUCAAUGUAUUGUUAGUCAGAGAAAGGUACGCACUGAUAUAGCAAUGAAUGUAUGGCUCAUGGCCUCAAAGGAUGGAUUGGGAAAACUUCUCCACUUUAGCUUUUUUUUUUUUUUCCCGCUUCUCACUGAUUUGUGACACUCGUCCUUUUCCUUUAGGAGGAUAGCUUUGGAAAUGCCUUUUUAUAUUCUCAGUGUAUGUCAAUCAAUUUCAUUGGGUUUUUUCUAAGCCAGAUACAACACUUUGAAAUGUUUUCUAUCUACACACGACUACAAAAAGCUACUGUGUAAUUAUAUGUGGUUACAUAUUGCUAGUGGAGGUAGGCCUACUGAACUGUGCCAUUCAAGAACAUCAAAUUGCUGACAAUUUAAGUUCGCUAAGCAGAAAGACCGGUUCCCCCAGCUACUAUGUUGCAUCCCUUAUUGCCAAUUUGGCAAAAGGCAACGCAAAUCUGUAAAGCUACAGAAACAUGAGUUUGUUUCAAUGAUGUAAGUAAGGACAUCUUUGGACCUUCGGUAUUAUUUUGAUCUAGAAAGACAUUUUGUCAUUCAGUAUCUUGCUGAAAUGUUGUAAAGUUAUAUAUCCUAAUGCUGAAUUUCAAGGACCACCACCAGCUUUGUUGAAAAUGCUUAGACAUGGUUGUGUUCUUUUAAUACAUUUUUUAAAGGCUAAUUUUAUUUUAAAGGCUUAUGUUAUCAGGGACAUUGAGUAGGUUUUAAUAUAUACUGAACAAAAAUAUAAAUGCAACAUGCAACAAUUUCAAACAUUUUACUGAGUUAGUACAUAUAUGAAAAUCAGUCAAUUGAAAUUAAUUUAGGCCCAGCCAAUCAGAAUGAGUUUUUUCCCCACAAAAUGGCUUUAUUUCAAACAGAAAUACUCACCACCCCACUCAGACAAUCCCGUAGGUGAAGAAGCCGGAUGUGGAGGUCCUAGGCUGGCGUGGUUACACGGGAUCUGCGGUUGUGAGGCCGGUUGGACGUACUGCCAAAUUCUCUAAAACAACGUUGGAGGCAGUUUAUUAUGGUAGAGCAAUUAACAUUAAAUUCUCUGCCAGCAGCUCUGGUGGACAUUUCUGCAGUCAGCAUGCCAAUUGCACACUCCCUCAACUUGAGACAUCUGUGCCAUUGUGUUGUGACAAAACAUAUGCUUUUUGGGAUUAUUCUUUUUCAGCUGAUGAAACAUGGGACCAACACUUUACAUGUUGCAUUUAUAUUUUUGUUCAGUGUCGUUGCCAUGGUGAUAAUCUACUCAUAUGACUGUAGUACAGUAUUGCCACAGUUGCCUUUCAUUGUGAUGUUGACAUGUCACACUAACUCAGGUUUUUGUGAUUAGUAACUACUCCAAUUUAACCUGUAUUUCUAGGAACAUUACAAUGGAAGUCAUGUUGCCUUUGUCUUCAAUGCAUAGCCUGGAUUGUGUUUAUUCAUAUGACUAAAAUGUACAAUGAUAAUCUUUAAUUUGCUUGAAUUUUAUAACUGUCUGUUGUUGUUUUCCCCCUUAUGUUUACGCUGUGGCAAAUAAUAUAAACAUUUCAUGAUCGUCAA